GUCAUGUACGCCUUGUUGCAGGAGAACAAGAUCUCUGAACGCUCCGUCUCCAAUACAACAGUUCGGACCAUGCGGCAGAAUAAUGAAGAACUCAGCAAUGGUUAUGCAGAUCCAGGACCCAGCGUCUCAACGUCUCACGUGGUACAAGCCGCCUCUGACCGUCCUCGUGAUAAAGAAAGUGCACGACGCCACGAUAUUGGCGCCGUUUGUUCAGCUAGUACAUUGGCUUGUUCAUGACAAAAGCAUGGUGGUGUUUGUCGAAGCAGUGGUGCUAGAAGACACUCUACUGAAGGAGUAUGGAGACUUCGCGUCGGUCAGAGAAAGGCUGAUGACUUUUCGCGCUGGUACCGAUGAUCUCACGGACAAGAUUGAUUUCAUCAUAUGUCUCGGUGGAGACGGCACUCUAUUACACGCUAGCUCUCUUUUUCAGCAAUCCGUACCUCCAGUAAUGGCAUUUCACUUGGGCUCUUUGGGUUUCCUGACGCCCUUCGAGUUCAAUAACUUUCAGGACCAGGUUCUGAAUGUUUUAGAAGGUCACGCGGCACUAACCUUGCGGUCGCGUCUUCAAUGCGUAGUGCUUCGUAAGACGACAGAGGACGGAAAGGAGAAAAAGAAACCCACAACCAUACUGGUGCUCAACGAGGUAGUAGUGGACAGGGGACCGUCGCCGUACCUCUCAAACAUCGAUCUCUUCUUGGACGGGAAACACAUUACCUCUGUACAGGGUGACGGCCUGAUCGUGUCGACGCCCACGGGCAGCACGGCGUACGCGGUGGCGGCGGGCGCCAGCAUGAUCCACCCGUCCGUGCCCGCCAUCAUGGUGACGCCCAUCUGCCCGCACUCCCUCUCCUUCCGGCCCAUCGUCGUGCCCGCCGGCGUCGAGCUCAAGAUAAAGCUAAGUUUAGAAGCUCGUAACAUGGCCAGCGCAUCGUUCGACGGACGAUCUCAGAUGUUGCUCAGGCCAGGCGAUAGUCUGUACGUAACGACAUCUGUGUACCCGGUGCCAUCGAUAUGCGCUCUGGACCAAAUAUCGGAUUGGUUCGACUCGCUCGCUGAGUGUUUGCACUGGAACGUCCGCAAGAAGCAAAAGCAAAUGGAUGAACUGAGUGACAUGACGCACUCUUCAAGCGACACCCUCGAAGAGAUCGAUACAAACCACCAUGACGACCGAUCAUCUGACACGUGACAGAUUAUAAAUAAAAUAAAUGCGGCCUAAUUCUUAUGUAAACUUUUUUGACAAAUAUUUAUCAUUCUAUAUUUUCUAAUUAAAAAUAAGUUACGGUAAAUUCUAAUUCGCAAUAAGAUUCUUCUAUUCACAAGUUUCGGUGUAAUAUUCUUAUUUUGAUUUGCAUUUUAUUUCUCAACUGCGAGUAAUUAAAAUUUUAUUAUUAAGUUAAUAAUUAAACAUGUUUAUUUAUUAUCAUAGUUGUGUAUCGUUUUACUUCUUUAGAAGAAACUUUAGAAGUUGCUUGGUCUUAAAUGAAAUACCUAGUUCUGUUUAUUACUGUAUUCUCUGGCUUAUUAAAUCUUUCAUAAAAUGGUAACACAUUGGGUCCAAUCAUUUAACCGUGGUUAUUUAUUUACUGUCGUUUUUGGAUAUGGUAGGUGUUUUAAACGAUUAUAAAUAACUCGCUUUCAAAUUAUCUCGAUUUUUUAAAAUUAAUUUUACUUACUUUAAAAUAAAAUGAUUGUAAAAUGUUUUUAUUAUGCACAUUUUCGUGCAAUUUGUGAUAGUAAAGUUUAUUGUAUAAAUAUGAAAAUAGUAUGGCUUUUAUUACACAUUCCCUUGGACAAUAAAAAUUUCAUUUUGUUAUGUCUUUCUUGGGUAUGUAUUUCAUGUAUAACUGUAGAUUUGAUUAAUUAACGGAUUAUUGAUUCAUGUGAAACUAUAAUUUUUUUAUUGUUUAAGCGCACAAAACAAAUCUACAACGUUACCUACAGAGCUCACCUUGAAUAUAUUUUUCUUAUAUAAAUAAUAAGUUCAAAUAAUAAAUUUACCUAAUACGUUCUAGGUUAAGGUGCUACAUGAAACGUAAUAGUGCCAAUAUAAAUUAAACAAUAAAUUAAAAUAAAUGCACAAAAAUUUAAUUUUUUUAAAUGUACCUAAAAUUAAUAUUAGAAUAAUUUUGUUCAAUACAUUUAAAAGGUGGUAUGGAUAUUGUAAGUUCUUUCUGAACGACAUGAUGGUACAUAUUGUACUUGUUGUAUAUGUUGUUGGAAUAAAUGAUUAUAUAAUCAA